AGGAGCCAAGCCCCAGGGAGACGAUGGAACCUGAGGAGUACAGAAGGAGAGGAAAGGAGAUGGUGGAUUACAUCUGCCAGUACCUGAGUAGCGUGCAGGAGCGACGGGUGACUCCGGAUGUGAGGCCUGGCUACCUGCGGGCCCAGCUUCCCGAGAGUGCGCCCGAGGAGCCCGACAGCUGGGACAGCAUCUUUGGAGACAUUGAGCGAAUCAUCAUGCCCGGGGUGGUACACUGGCAAAGCCCCCAUAUGCACGCCUACUACCCAGCUCUCACCUCUUGGCCAUCACUUCUGGGAGACAUGCUGGCUGAUGCCAUCAACUGCUUGGGAUUUACCUGGGCUUCCAGCCCUGUGUGCACGGAACUGGAGAUGAAUGUCAUGGACUGGCUGGCAAAAAUGCUGGGGCUUCCAGAGCACUUCCUGCACCACCACCCUGGCAGCCAGGGGGGAGGCGUCUUGCAGAGCACAGUCAGUGAAUCCACCUUGAUCGCCUUGCUGGCAGCAAGGAAGAACAAAAUCCUGGAAAUAAAAGUGUCUGAGCCCGGGGCGGAUGAGUCUUCCCUGAACGCCCGGCUUGUUGCCUAUGCCUCCGACCAGGCCCACUCCUCGGUGGAAAAGGCUGGUUUGAUUUCUCUGGUCAAGAUGAAAUUCCUGCCUGUGGAUGACGACUUCUCACUCCGAGGGGAAGUUCUUCAGAAAGCCAUCAAGGAGGACAGAGAACAGGGCUUGGUGCCUGUCUUUGUCUGUGCCACACUGGGGACCACUGGGGUCUGUGCAUUUGACCGCCUGUCAGAGCUGGGCCCCAUCUGUGCCAACGAGGGGCUGUGGCUCCACAUCGAUGCUGCCUACGCGGGCACUGCCUUCCUGUGCCCUGAGUUCCGGGGGUUUCUGAAGGGCAUCGAGUACGCCGAUUCCUUCACCUUUAAUCCUUCCAAGUGGAUGAUGGUGCACUUUGACUGUACUGGGUUCUGGGUCAAGGACAAGUACAAGCUGCAGCAGACCUUCAGCGUGAACCCCGUCUACCUCAGGCAUGCCGACUCGGGUGCAGCCACCGACUUCAUGCACUGGCAGAUCCCCCUGAGCAGGCGGUUUCGCUCUAUUAAACUCUGGUUUGUGAUCCGGUCCUUCGGGGUGAAGAAUCUUCAAGCGCACAUCAGACAUGGUACUGAAAUGGCUAAGUAUUUUGAAUCUCUGGUCAGAAACGAACCUUUCUUUGAAAUUCCUGCCAAGAGGCACCUUGGCUUGGUGGUUUUUCGUCUAAAGGGUCCUAAUUGCCUCACAGAAACGGUGUUAAAGGAAAUAGCUAAAGCUGGCCGUCUCUUCCUCAUCCCAGCCACUAUCCAGGACAAGUUGAUCAUCCGUUUCACUGUGACAUCCCAGUUCACCACCAGGGAUGACAUCCUGAGAGACUGGAAUCUCAUUCAUGAUGCUGCCACUCUUGUCCUGAGUCAGCAUUGUACUUCCCAGCCUAGCCCUCAGGGAGGGAACCUCAUCCCCCAAACCAGGGGCCCCAGAGCCUUGGCCAAGGAACUGUCCUUUCCAUCUGUCAGCGGGGCAGGAGAUGACCCAGCCCAGGCCAGGAAGAUCAUCACGCAGCCUCCACAUGUGGGAGCCAGUCCCGUGAGAGGGGAAGGCAGCUGCCACCUUGAAACCCUGCUGGACCCACUUGAUGACUGCUUUUCAGAAGAGGCCCCAGACCUCACCAAGCACAAGCUGUCCUCCUUCCUGUUCAAUUAUUUGUCUGUGCAGAAUAAGAAGAAGGCAGUGCGUUCCCUCAGUUGCAACAGCGUGCCUGUAGGCGAUCAGAAGCCACUGCCCACAGAUGGCUCUGUGAAGAAUGGCGGCUCCUCCCGGGUCAGAAUCUUUUCUAGGUUUCCAGAAGAGAUGAUGAUACUAAAGAAAAGUGCCUUCAAAAAACUAAUCAAGUUCUACAGUGUCCCCAGCUUUCCUGAAUGCAGCUCUCCAUGUGGGCUCCAGCUGCCCUGCUGCCCUCUGCAGGCAAUGGUUUAG